CACCACCAACAGCCAUCCAGCUCGCCUCACCACCAAAGACCAGGACCACCACCACCACCACUAACGCCAAGCCACCCUCCGCCCAGGCCCUGCCCAGCUCAUGAUGAGGUUCUGUGGGAUCCACUGCUCUGCCCUGGCCCUGCUGGGUCUGUCCCUGGUCCUGUGCAGCCACAGCGCCACCUCACAGCCCGACCUGGACCUGGACCUGCGCCACCACAGGCUGCUGCAGAGGGCCCGCGCCGCCGGCAUGGCAACACAGGAAUGGAGCAAGCGUGCCGUAGAGGACCUGCUGUCCCAGCUGUCCCUACCAGAGGCCGAGGUGCAGGUGCAGGAGGACAACGAGGUCUCCACCGUGGGGGCCGGCAAGGACGACAUGGAGCGCUCCGCCGAGACCAACAAGAUCCCCACCAAGGAGCGCAAGAGCUGCAAAAACUUCUACUGGAAAGGCCGCACCUCCUGCUGAGGAGGUCUUGCUAUACGGCACUUCCUGUCCGAUGUUUUCAUCCAAAAUCCCCGAAACGUAAUCGUCAAUGAGCAUCCACUGGGGUCCGUCCACCCAACUCCCCCUCGAGUGAUCUGAUGUAAUGAUGUAAUAAUGGAAUGCUGUGUGGAGUGGAAUUAAUCUCCUCGGUGGAUAAUGUAUAACUUCUGUAAAUUAUGAAAUAAAAAGUAAAAUGCUUCUAUUAUUA